GGAAAGUAGGUAGCGAAUCCUUCAUUGGCACUGUGCACACUCAAACGAUAAGAUUAGUCUCAUCGCAGCCGACCAACAGUUCAGACUUCAGACAAGCAGCGACAGCGACACGCGAUGCAACUGUUGGCGUGCAUUUUGGCGAUCGUAGCCAUCGUCAGAGCAGAUGUGAUCGUUCAAACCACCAAUGGACCUUUGCGGGGCGAACAGCGUGGCGAUAUCUACGCCUUCGAAGGUAUUCCGUACGCGAAAGCACCGCUCGGUGAUUUACGAUUGGCUCCAUCGGUUGUGAACGAUGAACGCUGGAACGAGCCCAGAAAUACAACCCAACCUGGACCGAACUGCCUUCAGUGGAGUCAUUUUGUUCACGAGGAUGACCGAAGUACCGGUGAGGAAGAUUGUUUGUUUAUGAACAUCUACACUCGUUCACUGGGCGGUUCUGAAGCGUCAUUACCGACGAUUUUCUUCAUCCACGGAGGAGCGUUUAUGUUUGGAAGUGGGGAUUUUUGGCAACCUGAUAACCUAUUGAAAAACCGACUAGUGCUCGUAACGUUCAACUACCGAGUUGGUCCACUUGGAUUUUUAAGUACAGAGGACGAUGUGAUUCCCGGAAACUAUGGGCUGAAAGAUCAAGUGACAGCACUUAAAUGGUUACGGGAAAACAUUGCAAAUUUUGGAGGUCACUCGGACAGCAUUACAUUGGUAGGUUUUUCGGCUGGAUCAGCAAGUGUUCAGCUACAUUACCUAUCACCGAUGACGCGAGGAUUAUUUCGCAACGGCAUCGGUCACAGUGGAUCGGCUCUGAAUCCUUGGGUUUUCGCGGAAAAUUCGGCGGAAAAGGCUAGGACGAUAGCUAGUUCAAUUGGUUGUUCGGUCAUUUCAAGCAAGGAAAUGCUAAAAUGUUUACGAGAAAAAUCUGCUCGAGAUAUAGUGCGUGCAGUGGGACCAUUAUUUGAUUUUUUGUACAAUCCAUUUUCCCCGCUAGGGGUGGUGGUGGAGAAACAAACCAAACAUAAUCCGAAACCUUUUUUGGUGGAACACCCAUAUUUAUUAAUGGAGAGGGGAAAGUUCUAUCGUGUUCCGCUCCUGCUAUCAGUUAAUGAAGCCGAAGGGCUCUAUCCCGGCGCCGAAUUUGUCAGCCAAUUGUCUUAUCUUGAGGAGAUUAAUAAUAAUUGGAAUAGCUAUUUACCUAGCAUUUUAGAUUAUCAGACCUCGCAGCGAAACGACGAAAAGCGAAGAGAUGAGAUAAGCACGGCGAUUAGAAAGCGUUAUUUGGGCAAACGAGCCUUGAAUAAAUAUAGCUUCAAAGAUCUGGUAUUGAUAAUUUCAAAUCGCCUCUAUUUCGCCGGUGUGGUAAUGUCGGCUAAAUUGAUGCAACCUUACAUUCCUGUGCACCUGUACUAUGACAAAUAUAAGUCAAAGUACGCUUUAGGGGAGCACCUAGGCAAUACAAUGAAAAACUAUGGUGUGGCGCACGGAGAGGAUGUUACCCUGAUUUUCAAAACGAUGUUGCGUGAUGAAAUUCCCUACACAAAGCAGGAGCUGAAAGUUGCUAAUCUUUUUGUGCGAAUGUACGAACAGUGGGCCCUGGAGAGUGUAGCGAAAUUUGGUGACUACGAAAUACCUCAUUUGAAUAAUGAGGAAAUGUUGCGGUUUUUGGAGGUGAAUUAUCCCAAGAGCGAGUUACGCUACAGGAAGCAAUUGAGUGACGAAGAUUUUUGGAAUCAGAUAGAUUUUAAUGAAGGAAUGCCUAUUAGUUUUCAGCAAGCAAAAGAUGAACUAUGAACGGCUGUCACGAAUUUGAAAAACGCUUCUAGUGAACGUCAAAUAACAAAGUACUUCAUCCGAAUUUAAUAUUUUUAUCUAAAAUAAAGUUGGAAAUUCAGUGGUUGACGUAAGACUAAUAAACUAAUACUACAAUAUUGUGUGC